ACCGGUAGGUUGACGGAACAUCUGAUUCUCAAUAUCAAUAUCUUGUAAAAGCAAUUAGACGGUAUUGUGGUUUGUCCAGGAGAUUUUUAAAGUCCGGAGUCCGAAUAAGCAAAAUGCUGAGAAUAUUCGCAAUUGCCUCGGGAAUGUGCCUAAAUCCAUUUUACAAAAUCUCUUGGAUUACGUAUUGUUUCCUCCGCUUAUUCAUCUGGAAAGUGGUAGUACCAGUCCUUGCAUUAAUUGUCAGCACAGAGACGAGAUUGCAUUUGCUCAGGGUGAUAGAGGCAGUCCUUCAAGAAGUAAAACUCAUGAGAAAAGAUUUAUUUUUUAAACUACAUUCGAUUGUUCUCCGUCAAGUCCAGGAUGUCAAUCAGCCAACUGUGUUAAUUUCAGAACACGAGGAAUUAAAAAUGAGUGUCAUGCACUGUCUCAAGUACUUGUUUUUAUCUGCAUUGUCAGACGUAAUUGAGUCCAUCUACACUCGAGAUAAUUCACUGAGACUCAGUGAGAGUUUCUUCCUCUGCGUUUCCAUUGCCAAGAGUGAGAAAUACUCAGCACUGAGAAUUGCUGCUAUUGACACUCUGAUGACUCUGUCGUACGUCCACGAUGAGGCUGACGCCUCAGACGUCGUCCUGAGAGGUCAAGUGGCAGAUGUAGUCAUGCUUUACUUGCCUGGGGUGGUUCGUGGGAUGCUCGAUAUUGCUGAGGGGAGUGAAACCCAGAAUCAUAAAGUCACUUUGAUGGCUAUCAGAGCACUGGGUAGAGUGAUUUCCCUCGUCAUGGAGGAUUCACCAUCUCAGAACUCUGAACCAAUGCUCCCCAUGCCAAUCACUACCUCAGUGGUGUCCCCUGAUCCACUGGGGAUGCAACUGAAAUUUAAUGGUCAAGACGAAAAAGAAAAAUAUCUUCAGAUAACUCGAAGUGUCGACUGGCUAAAGGCAGCAUCUGAAAAACUCAGCAAUCCCCUGAAAAACCUUUCCAAUUUGACGCAACAUUCACAUCACAAAGUCAGACGAGAACUCCUCACAACAGUCUCUUUAUUAAUAACCAAAUGUACCAAGAACCUGAGCGAAAAUAUCCCCGAUUUAGUGGACGUAGUAAUUACCUUGUCCGAAGAUGAUGAAGAUAGUGUCAGAGAGCCAGCAAAGACUUGUUUGAAUGAAAUAAAUCAGACGAUCAUUUGCAACCUGAAGAUGAGAUUAAUAACUGGGAUGUUGGAGGAGAACUUCUACAGGUUGCUCACUAAACUCCCCAGGAUCAUGAGGAGAUCAGAGAGUGCUGCUCAGCUGUCCUAUUUGAACCAGCUGACUGGAUACUUGAGGACCUUUGGAGAGGAACGUUUGCCGAAGAUCAUGACCUCGAUGGCUCACCUGAGACGACUCCUCCUGGCUCUCAUCUAUGUUAUUGAAUUGGACUGUCGUGAGGUUUCAAUAUUGGACGAGAAUCAGAUAACUACCAUCGAAGACACCACCCACUUAUCAACGACCUCGUGGAUAAAGUUCAAGUUCAUCUUGGACUCAAUAGUCCGCGAUAAAUUAAUAGGUGUUUGUAAAUUGUUGGGAGGACUGGGAGAUGUGGAUAUUCUGAUAGACAGCAUAAUUCAACUGAUGUCUGACAUGCCACAUUACCAGAAGGAGCUCACGCUGCUGCUCAAUUGGACCUGCAUGGCACAGAAUCCCGCACUCAAGACUCUGUAUCCUCAAGUUAUCAAUCACUACAUCGACGAUGAGCUGUGGUAUCUCCCCAUUGAGAUAAGAGACGAGAACACACUCUCACAGGUCCAAAGCAAUAUCGUACAGAGCUGUCUACUGAUAGAGGGUCUGGGGAUAUUCGCCUCGAUAAUGAGGGAAGAUUACCAGCAGCUUUUGCUGAAAACCUUGUACCUCAUUAUCGAAAGGGCUGGGAACAAGAACCGAUUGAUCAGCUCCAUUGGUCUCCGCACUCUAGAACAGCUUGCCAAAUCCCAGGGAUACUCUGACAUCACGAAUUUCCUUCGGGAUAAUGUAGAUUACAUCUCUUAUCACGUUACUGUCAAAUUACGGAGACUUGAGCGAAAUCUCGGCGUUCUGGACGUUGUGACCAUCGUCAUGAAGUACAGUACUCUGGAUUUUCUUCCCUGUCUGAAGGAAAUUGUUGCCGAAGCCCUGGGACAGCUCAAGGUUGCCCCUGAGAGGAGCAAUUCACAUUCCAUACUAAGGGUAUUGCAUACUUUUAUUUUGUGUAUCAGACGCCAAGUCUGUGAACACCAGGUGAGGCAGGAUAAAGUGACGACUUCGGAAAAUAUCGUUGAGAGAGUGAUUCAUGCUUUGGUAGAGCACCACGAGGCUAAACAGGUUGAUAAGCUGUUAGAUGAUGACUCAGAAGUGGACCUCGAUGAUGGAAGACCUGAAGAGGAUUCUGUAUACACUCAUUUAGGAGAAGACCCUGAAGAAAGGAAGAUUCCUUCGCACAUCAAGCUAGUAGAAGACGUUAUGAAGUGCAGUCUCCAUUUUGUGCCAUCGAGAAAAAUCCCAGAGACACUGAUUGCCAUGGAGAUACUCCAGGGAGGGCUGGACAUUCUGCGUCCCUGGACGGAUCAGCUCUUACCAAUUGUUCAUCUCCUGUGGCACCCACUGGUGGAUCGUUUUAAAGAGUCGAAUGUUUUAAUUAUUAAUCGUGCCUGGCAGCUGCUUUUUACUGUUGUGCAAACCUCGGAGGAUUUCGUACGUGCUCGCACUCUUGAUAAAGUUAGUCCUGCUGUUGCCAAGUUUUUAGAAAUUUCGGGGAAAGAGAGUUACGGGAAGGAUAGCAAAAACGCUUAUAAAUUCACGCAGAUGUUUAAACUGCAAAGAAUGAUCUUAUCGCAGUUAGGUUCAAUGGCUAGGUAUUUGAAGCUUCGGGAGAGAGAGCUUUGGCAGCUACUGGACAUGACAGAGAUUUAUUUGCAUUUACAUCAACAUCCUGUACUUCAAGAGUGCUGUUUAAACCUGUAUAAAACUGUUUUCCACUACAAUGAAGAGAUCGUGUGGGUUAAAUGUCUCAGCUUAUGGAAUUCUUCAGGAAAAAAGCAUUCAUCGGAUACAGUUCCUGCAGAAGCGGAUUUUAAUGGUGUGGAAAAUGAUUCUACUCAGGGUUUUUAUGGGAAAAAUGCUGCGAUAGUGUUGAAAUAUAUCCAUGAAGAAACGAGAAGAGAAUCACGAGUAUUGUAAUAAAUUAAAUAAAUACAAGUUUUUGUACCAUUUUGUUACCCAAAUGAGAUGAUUUUUAUUCUUAAAUAAAAGAGUACAAAGUAAUUUAUAAUUCGAAAAAAAACAAA